AUGUCUGCUCCAGACGUGAAAGAAGCUGGCUCCCCACAGCUUGAAAGCGUGGACGAAGCCAAUGCCAUCAUCCAAGGCGGGGUCAGCGAUGCUGAAGCCCUCAUGAGCGCGUGGACCAAGAAGUCGCUUAUCGCAGCCUAUGUCUCUGUUUUCUUGAUCUUUUUCAUCGAUUCCUUCCAGCAGGAGACCACCGGCAGCCUUUCGCCCUAUGUUACUUCUGCCUUCAAGGACCAUGCCUUGCUCUCGACUACCUCAGUUCUCACCAGCAUCAUCGGUGGCGUUGCAAAACUCCCAAUUGCUAGGAUUAUCGACGUCUGGGGGCGCCCUGAGGGUUUUGUGCUAAUGACUCUUUUGUGCACUCUGGGUCUUAUUCUCAUGGCCUCGUGUCGGAACAUAGAGACGUACGCGGCAGCUCAGGUUAUCUACUGGCUAGGUUACAACGGCAGGGAAUAUGUCCUCCAUGUCUUCCUGUCCGACACCACCGAUCUCGUGAAUCGAGCCUUUGUCUGGGGCAUCGCGUCCACUCCGUACAUUGCGACAACCUUCGCUGGGCCCGCAGCUGCUCAGCGUUUUUACAAGGAUGGCGCGCUGUGGUGGGGAUUUGGCACCUUUGCCAUCAUCACCCCCGUGAUAUCAGCUCCGAUUGUGGUGCUCUUCUGGCAAACUCGGCGGAAGGCGUACGAGAUGGGCCUGGUCCAGAAACGCCAGAAUGGACGCACUUGGUUUGAGUCUAUCAAGUAUUAUUUCGUUCAAUUUGACGGUCACAUUCAUCCCAUUCCGGCUGCUGGCCGAUCGGACGCUGCUGGGGUCGUGUUUCUCGGCUUUGUCCUUUUUAUCAGCUUCUACUACCUGCAAGUCGUAUUUGACCAGACCAUCAGAAACGCCGGCUACAUGGUGAACAUAUACACCAUUGGCUCUUGCUUCUGGUCCGUUCCACUUGGAAUAAUGAUUCGCAAGGCCGGCAGAUUCAAAUGGUUCGCCCUGGCCGCCAUGCCCAUCAUGUUCCUGGGAGCCGGCCUGAUGAUCUACUUCCGCUAUCCGAGCAGCGGGAUCGGCUACGUCGUCAUGUGCGAGAUCUUCAAGGCCUUUGCCGGGGGCGCACUCGUCAUCUGCUCCGAGAUGGCCGCCAUGGCGUCAGGCAAGCACGAGAACAUUGCCGUGGCGUACGCGCUGGUGGGCCUCUUCUCCAGGAUCGGCAUGAGCAUCGGCUCCUCCGUCUCCGGGGCCAUCUGGUCCAACACGCUGCCCGGAGAGCUGCGCAAGAACCUGCCCGAGGGGAGCAAGGACAAGGCGGCUGCCAUCUACGGAUCGCUGGCCGUGGCGCUGUCGUACCCGGUAGGGAGUGCGGUGAGAGACGCCAUCAUCAAGUCGUAUGCGGUUGCGCAGCGACGGAUGCUGAUUACUGGCGUCUCGAUCCUGCCUUUGGCUGUCGUUGCGAUUCUCAUGUGGAGAGAUAUCCGCCUGAAGGAGACGAAGCAGCUUAAGGGGACCGUAUUUUAA